AAAAAUGAUUAAAGCGCAUACGUAGUCGUACUGCGUCGCGUUGUAAGGAAAUACCAUAGCAUAGAACCUCAGAAAAUGUCAAGUUGCUGCAAGUGCGAGAGUCAGGGCCGCGACGGCAGCGGCCCCGGCGGCCUGCCGCUGAUCUGCCUGGUGCCCCGCGAUGGCCCCGGCCCGGCCCAGACCGGUGCCUCCAAACCUUCAACCCCUAGUCCCUCCGGAAACAAAGGCGACUUCCAGCUGCUUGAUGAAGAUUACAUUAAGAAAAACUUUAAGCUGCCGCCGAGGGCGCUAUAUUUGGAUCCGUUCAGGAAACCUCUUAUCACGUUUCCAAUCAGCGGCCAGCCCAAGAACUUCAACAUGGCACGGAAGACUAAAAUCAAUCAAAUGAUUUUGGAUGGAUUUUUAGACCCAUGCGAGGCUAUAUCGGCUCCUAGUGUAUUUCCUUACGCAACAUCGGAUGCUGAGAAACGCAAAGCAGCAGAAGACGACGAAGAAAUCAUCUACAUCUUGCAACUGCCAGAUAUAGAAUCUCGCUGCCCUGUGCAUAAACAGACUAUACGAACUCCCAGGUUUAUUUGGCAUUCUUGCAAGAAAUCAAAGAAAGCAGAUGAUGGUCAGAUGAAAGCCGGCGGCGGACCUAUGAACAAACCAAAGCCUUGGUUACUUAGCAGACACACAGACUUCGAUCUACUAUCCCAAUGGUAGUCAUUUGUGAAAAAAUGCAAAUAAAUAAGCAAUGACACGUAAAAA